AUGAUUCUUUCAGUUGCAAUUAUCAAUCAAAACGGCAAGCCUCUUGUUGCUCGUCAGUUUUCUAAGGUCUCAAAAGCACAGAUCUUGAACCAGCUUGGUGUUUUUCCAAAACUGCUCACAAAAACAAGUCAAUCGUAUGUUGAAUCACAAAAUAUUCGCUAUGUCUAUCAAAAUCUCGACAAAUUAUACUUCAUAUUAAUUACAACAAAAGAUUCGAAUAUUCUUGAAGAUCUUGAGCUUCUUUCUAUGCUUAUUGAUUUAACAAGAACAAUUAUACCAACAAUCGAUGAAACAACAGUUUUAAGUCAUAACUUGGAUUUGAUUUUUGCAUAUGAUGAAGUUAUUUUCGAUGGAUAUCGCCAGACAGUUUCAGUUAAUGACGUUUCUGAAUUUCUUCUUAUGGACUCCAAAGAAGAACUUCAAUACCUCGAAGAAUUGCAAAAGAAGGAAGAUGAGGCUAAGAAAUUUGCCGCUGAAACUCAAAAGAUUCUCGAUAAACAAAAGAAAAGCAAAACAUACAGUUCUGCAAGUUCUGUCAGCUAUACACCUUCAGAGGCUGCUUCUCAGUCAGUUUCCUUCACUCAAUUUACGUCAUACGAGCCAGAAAUCGACGUAGAAGAUGAACCUACGAAAUCUAGCUCAAUACCGAACGUACCACGCAAACAAGCUUCUAAUGUCAAGGGCAUGACUCUUGGCAAGUCGAGAUCCGCACGAGAGAAAGCUAAACAGGUUAUUCUUGAAGAAGGAUUGCAUCCAACGUCAAGCAAGGCCGAUGCUCCUGUUUCAGCACCUACGCCACUUAUUACGGAAGGUUUACUAUUUGAAUUUGAAGAAUCCUUCAGCGGAAGCCUUAAUUACGAAAGUGAUGGCAAAUUCACCUGCUACGGCUACCUUUAUGGUCUUGGCAGGAAUGCAGGCAAGUACACUAUCCAAGUUAACUGGGAUAACAGCUUCACAGCUUACAAGAAUCCGGUCAAGAAUACGAAACAACUUUCCUUCGAUAAUACAAAGCCAUCUUCGCAAAGAACAGAAAUUGUGAAGUAUAUAAACACUAACUGCAGGAAAGAAAACCUUCCAAUCGAACUUUUAGUUUGGCCAACAGAUCCACAGUCAUCUAAGAGCAAAGCGACACUACAAUUACAGGUUUCGAAGAAUAGUGAUUCUACACAAAACGUCGGACAAGUCAAGAUCCGUAUAAAAGUUCUUGAUCCGUCAUCUGCAACGAUAACUCUCGACCAAGACAGCGGAGAAUACGAAGUUGAGGGUAAUGAAGUUGUUUGGACUACGCCUGAUAUCAGUGAAGAGGAUUCUUUCACUUUGGAAAUCGCUGCAAUGCAAACUGUUGCAGAUUUCUUUGACAUAGAGAUUUUCUUCAAUGCAGAGUGUUUGUAUUCGAAUAUAGACAUAACAAAUGUCUUCAAGGAAGGUGAAGAAGAUAACCCUGUUGAAUACAAAGUAAAUAAGAAAUUCACAUCUGGUGAAACUACUCACUUUAUGAUUAAAUACUAA